GGAAAAAAAUAAAAAUUUUAUGUUACGCAAGAGGUUAUGAAAAUUGGCAACGAUAAAAAAAUUCUUAUAAAAUAAUGCAGAAGAAAAUGUGCUGAAGAUCCUGCACUGUAUUUUUAAGUCACUAAGUGUUUUUAUAAAGAAAUUGUACGUGAAAUUGCGUUACAUUAUUUUAUAUUUGUAAAUAACUUUCGUAUUUACUUGAUUGUUAAUCAUUGAAUUACAAUAUAAAGUAAAAUUGUAUUGAAGUUUUUAAUUAAUUACAGACCAUUAAAUAUAUUUAGAUUGAAUACAAAAAUGGAAAAAAAAAUUGUAAAAGAUAUUGGGAAGAGGAAGUUUCUUAGAUCAAGCAAAAACAAACUUUUUAUCAUAAAUGAGGCUAAACCAGCUAUUACAUGUCUUCAACUCCCUACUGGAAUGAAUGUUCUUCAACACAUUGUCUACAGAAGAUCACUACUUCCUCAUAAUGUUAAGAAGUCAGAAGCCUCCUUACAAGAUUCAGGGUUACAAGAGAUGUGAAGUAGAUGAUUGUGAAUGCAUUUUAGGCUUAAUUAAAAGACCAUGGCUUAAAGCGGGAUUUCAAGUAAUGUCAGAUAAAAGUAUUAUCAAGAACCUUAUGAAGAUGGACAAGAAGUAUUCAGAUUUGAGUAGAAAUAAAUGCAGAGGAGCAGCUAGAGACAAGGUUAAUCAAGGGGAGUUUAUUUCAUUUUCGAAAAAGCUGUUUUGGAUUGGUUCUACAGAUUUAAAGAACCAAAUUAGGAAGGAUAAAAAACGCUCAGAUAAAGAUAAGCACGAUGAUUUAACUUUUUUGGAAGACCAGGAAGGACCGAGAUAUUUUAGUUUGGGAUCAGAAGAUAGAAAAUUUAGCAAAAAGGUUUUGUGUUGUUUUUAUUGGGUUAAUUUGACGUUUUUUAUUCAAAUUUGCUAAUUUAACAUACAUUAUUUGUUAAUACACAUACACUAUGUUAAAACAAAUUUUAGGUUUCUGAAGGUGAGAUGAAGAGGACAAGGCUAGAAGACGAAUCUCCGAAGAUUGAUGCUACCUCAGAAUUAGACUUAAAUUUCACUGACACUAGCGCUGAUUCUGAUUCAGAAUUUGAACCCGAAGUUUGGCAUCAUAGAAGAGCAGAUGAUUGCAACAUUACUGCCAAAGUCCCUAAGAAUAUUUUUGAUGGAAAUGUAUCUAUCAUAGCUACAGCAAAUGAUAUCUCCCCCCAAUGUCUUACAAAAAGUAACUGGAGCAAUUCUUCAAGAUUGUGGAGUUGAUAUCGCAAAAUGCAAAGCCAGUGCUUCAACAGCAUUAAGGAAGAUGAAAAAAACUGCCAAGGAUACUGCAGAAAUUGCUAAAUUAGAUAUAAAGAAGGCCGUGGAAAAAAGCCGUUAUCCCUGUAUAAUUCAUUUUGACGGAAAGACUUUGUUUGAAAUAAAUCAGGGAAAAAGACUAAAGAAUGAAAGAUUAGCUGUGCUCGUUAAUAUUGAGGGGGUGUCGCAUCUUCUUGGAGUACCUGCCUUGCCGUCUUCUUCAGGUGAAAAUAUGUAUAUAGGAAUCAUGAAAAUACUAGAAGAAUAUGACCUCAUUUCAAAAGUAUGCGGAGUAUGCUUUGAUACAACUUCAAGUAAUACUGGUUCUAAGAAAGGAUCACUUACUAGGAUUGCAAGAGAGGUUGACAAAUACCUUCUUCUACUAGCAUGUAGGCAUCAUAUCAUUGAGCUUAGAAUGGUUCAUUUCUGUGAAGCAGUGAUAAAAGAGAAUAGCGUAGGGCCUGAAAAUCCUUUAUUUGUAAAGUUUAAACAUAUGUUUGAGAACCCUAACUUCAAAUACGACGAAAAUAACCUGACCUCUCUUGAUUGGAAAACCGUGGAAGGAACAGUUUUGAAGGAAGCUGCAAGGAACACUUUAGAUUACUGUGAGACCUAUAUUACUAAAAAAUGCAAUAUGAGGAAUGACCGAAGAGAGUUGGCUGAGCUAACCAUGCAGUAUUUAUCCCCUUCUGCACAUUUCAAAUUAAAGAAAACUGGAGCUGUUCAUCAUGCUAGGUUUUUAGGCAAGAGUUUAUACUACCUUAAACUUCAGCUUUUGUGCAAGCAACUGACAUUUGUGCAAGAAAAUGAUAAUCUACGCGAAGAUUUAAAACUCAUCUGCGAGUUCAUAGUAUGUUUUUACACAAGGUGGUACCUUCAAGCACAUAAAGCAAUUCAAUCUCCUGCGUCUGAUCUUGAUGCAAUCUUUCAGAUAAAAGAGUAUAAGAAAGUUUGCUCCAAUGCGGAGGCAGUAGAUGCAGUGUUAGCAUCUCUUUAUAAGCAUUCAUGGUAUCUUGAUUCAACGAUUAUUCCCUUGGCUCUUUUGGAUAAAAAUAUUUCUAUAGAUAAAAAAACAGCCAUUGCAGAUGCUUUGCUUUCCUUCCAAAUGCCAGAUCCAGAUUUUUUUAAACAUAGAAGCAAAGAUCGAAUAGGCGAGAUUAAUAUCAUAAAUAAUAUGAAGGUACCAACCCUCUCUCUUUUGGUUAAUGAGUUUUCAUAUUUAAUUUUUUCAAUGAUAGGGUUGGAUAAUCAGAGAGUGAGAGACUGGUUGUCACUUCCACCCCAAUAUUGGCACACCCAGUCCUCGUUUAAGAAUUUUGAAAACUUUGCCAAAAUGUUAAUUGUUGUCAAUGAUCAUCCUGAACGAGCAAUCGGAAUGAUGCAGAAGUUUGUACAAAGAUUCGAAAAUGAGGAUGACAAGCAGAACAGACUUUUAACUGUCGACAAAGUAAGGUCAACUUUCAAGGUUUUUGGUGUGGGAAAAAGUAAUAAUAUAAAAAAAAAACUAUCAGAAAGCCUGAUGUCACUCUCUAAAUUAAAGAAAAGGAAAUUGUAGGCUUAGGAAAUUGUUAUUCAUUUUAAAAUACUUAUUUCAAUUAAUGCAUAAUUUUUGUCUUGAUAGUAUUUGUAAAGAUUUUAAUUAAAUGGUAAAUUACUUGUUUAGUUCAAAAUAGUUUGUUUUUUUGGUUGAUUUAAGUGGGAAUUUUUACGACUGUCCAUCUGAAUGAUCUUUAAGUAUGAAAAUACAUAAUUUACUGAUUUCAUAACCACUUGCGUAAAUUAAACUUUUCAUUUUUUGAUUUCUUAAAUAUCGUUUUAACCAAGAAUAUGUAAAAAACAUGAUGACA